UGCAGGAACAGUUAAUUUAAAUGCAGAAUUAAAUAUAAUAAAUGCCAAAACAGCAGGGAUCGAGAAUGUGGAUAUUUUGUUUUCUCCUUGUGUUAAGCCUUCUCCUGAGUACGAUUUAUGUGGAGACGGAAGUGCAUCAAUUACAUCCGUACUCGAUUAUUUAAAUAGAAUUAAUGUAAAAUUUGGAAGAGUUUGGUUGUAUAUUGUCGAGGCAAAUGGAUGGGAUAAAGAUAACAAGGCUUCGAAUGUCGAGUUUAUUGAGGGCAUGGUCAACACUUUAAAAGAAAGAAACCAAUUAUUUGGAUUUAUCGCACGUAAAAAUCAUUGGCAAGAAAUUACAGGAAACACUAAAGAUUAUAACAAUAUUCCACUUUUAUAUUUUCAUAUGGAUAGUAAAAACAAUUUUAAUGAUUAUUAUGAGCAUGGUUAUCCAUUUGGCGGCUGGAGAAGGCCUACAAUGAAGGGAUAUGAAGAUGAAGAAAUUUGUGGAGUAAAUGUUACUGAUAUAUAUUCCGAUAAAAAAUUAAAGAAAAAUCCUCUUGCUUUAUAA